UGUGUGCUGUGAAAAGAUGACUGUGUCAGGAAAAGAGGGCAGCACAGUCUCCAUUGACUGUCCACCUGGUGAUGGUGCUGCAAACUACCCAAAAUACUUUUGCAAAGGCAUGAUUAAAAAUUGUGUUAAUGUCAUUGGCUCUGAUGGGACUGCUAACUCAACCGGUAAAGGGAAAGUAUCUCUGCUCGAUAAAAAGGACAAAAACAGAUUUACCGUGAUCAUUCAUAACCUGACCCGAAAGGAUGGUGGGACAUAUUGGUGUGGAGUUGACACCUGGGGACCAGACUAUGUCACUCAAGUUUACCUCAAAGUAGUUCACAUUAAAUCACCUGAUCCUUACAAGGACACAGCACUUCCAACCACAAUUACCAACACUAGCAUGUCAGAUCUUAAGAAGCCAUCUGUCCCUAAUAAGAAGUCAGACACUGUUGCUGGGGCCACCACAGUCACCUACACCAACACUCCUGCUACCACAUCAUUGCCCAGAAAACCAACUGACAUCCCUUAUUUCACACCAUGGGUCACCACAGAUGUCCAAACGCCCUCCUCUGGUCACCUUAUGGUAUAUCUUUGUGUGUUCCUGGUUGCUGUGGGCCUGGUUGCUGUCCUGCUCUUGUCUUGUGGUCUUUUCAUCCUGGUAAAGAAGAAACAAAGAGACUAACAAUGAAAAUGACCCCAACGCCAUCCAACCUGAUGCAGUCUACCAGAGGCUGAACCCCAACGCCACCCAACCUGAUGCAGUCUAUCACAGCAUGAACCCCAACGCCAUCCAACCUGAUGCAGUCUAUCACAGCUUGAACCCCAACGCCAUCCAACCUGAUGCAGUCUACCAGAACCUGAAGCCGAAGACCAUUAUCACCCGGUGAACAGAAAAAAAAUGUCUUAAGAUUGGCUGAGCAGGUGUCCAUUAUCCCCUGAUAACGGGACACCUAUGAAGUAAUGUGUGUGUGAAGUGAAGUGAAGUGAAAACUCUGUAAAAAUCAUGCAGAAGAUAUACCCUCAGCAUUCCAAAAGAGGAUUCCAUGCAUCAAG